AUGCCUCAAAACGAACAUAUUGAACUCCAUCGUAAACGACAUGGUCGUCGAUUCGAUCAUGAUGAAAAACAAAAGAAGAAAGAAGGACGUCUGCCACAUAUCUUAUCGAAGAAAGCUCAAACAUUACGUGGCAUCAAAGCUAAAUUAUAUAAUAAGCGUCGUCAAAAUGAAAAGAUUCAAAUGAAAAAAACAAUUAAAAGUCACGAAGAAAAAGAAACAAAACAACGCGAAGAAGUACCAGAAGGUGCCGUACCCGCUUAUUUACUUGACCGUGAAAAACAAAGUCGAGCUAAAGUAUUAUCGAAUACUAUUAAACAAAAACGAAAAGAAAAAGCGGGUAAAUGGGACGUACCAAUACCGAAAGUAAAAGCAGUUAGUGAAGCUGAAGUUUUCCGUGUUGUACAAUCAGGAAAACGACGAAAGAAAGUAUGGAAACGUUUGGUUACAAAGCCUUGUUUUGUUGGUGAAGGAUUUACACGAAAACCGCCAAAGUUUGAACGAUUUAUUCGUCCAAUGGCACUUCGAUUCACCAAAGCGCAUGUCACUCAUCCAGAAUUGAGAGCAACAUUUCAAUUACCAAUUAUUGGUGUUAAGAAGAAUCCAAGCUCACCAUUGUACACAUCCUUAGGUGUUAUUACCAAAGGAACAGUACUUGAAGUUAAUGUCAGCGAACUUGGUAUGGUUACACAAGGUGGUAAGACAAUUGAAACUUCAAAAAAAAUGCAUGACUCUUUUAUUGAAACAAAAUCAAUCACUAGUUAUUGGCAAUUUCUUCGUAUGAUCAAUUGGUAUGAACCAUGGUUAAUUGGAUUAUGUGGUUUUCAUGCUAUUUGUUUAUUAAUUAUUGUCGUUACACGCGGAUAUCAUAAUAUUCAAAUAUUCCUUUUUGUUGGCCUUCUUUCAUGCAUCUAUUGUGCAGAGUACAUUAAUCAAUUAGGUGCUGAAAAAUGGCAGCUAUUUGCCGAAGAUCAGUAUUUUGAUAGUCGAGGAAUGUUCAUAUCGACUGUUUUAUCUUUUCCUGUAAUUAUUAAUUGCUGUGUUAUUGUGGGUAUUUGGCUUUAUGAAUCAAUCUACUUAUUGAAAAUUUGUGUUAAACGCUUGAAGAAAGCACGUAUUGAACAACAUAAAAAAACUGAAAAAGAUGACAAGAAAAAAGCAGAAUAG